ACGUCUGAACCUGUAGCUGAAUGUUUGCCGUAUAUGGAGAUGAUAUCGAGCUGUUUGUUUCAGAGACAACCCCUCUCUCGGAGGAUAUAAGACUGAGAAAUUAUUUAAUUUCUCUGUCUGAACAUUCUUCAGAUUUGCAUCGUGUCAGAGUUCUGCUCUUCAUCUUCAUCUUCAGACUUUGCAGUUUAGAUUUUACAUUUCUAUAUUUUUGGACCUUUGUACCUGAAACUUUCUCCACCAAGUCUUCGAUCAACAUGAAGAUCUCUAUCUUUGCUGGUGUUCUGCUGAUCUCUGCUGCCGUGCUCUCUGUGGACGGACAAAGUUGGGCUGAGUUUCAAAAUAAGCAUAUCAAAGAGUGGAUGACUGCUGGCCAAUGUACCCAGGUGAUGAGAGCCAAAAGAAUUGUGAACCCACCCACACAAGUGAACCCAAGAAUCAGCUGCAAGACUUUCAAUACCUUCAUCAUCACCGAGGAUGUGAACGCCGUCCGAGCCAUCUGUGGUAGAGGAGGAGCGCCAUAUGGCAACAGUAUGAGAAUUAGCACAGCUACUUUCCCAAUUGUUGACUGUAACCUGGUGAAUCAGAAUCCACCUGCUGUUCCCUACAACUGUCGGUACAACGGAGUACCUCGUUACAACAGAAGAAUUAUAGUCAGAUGUGAGAACGGAGAACCUGUUCACUUUCAUAGAAGUCAGUAAUCUGUUACUACUUGAUGAAUCAGAGUAAUCUGUUACUACCUGAUGUAUCAGAGUAAUCUAUUACUACUUGAUGAAUCAGAGUAAUCUGUUACUACCUGA